AUCACAGUUUGCAGCAGCUGCACAGGGAAGGGCUGAGCUUCGCAUAAAGGUUUGCAGGCUACUGACAACUUUAAUAGUAUCCCUGGGAUCUCUGAAUUCAGAUUAAAAGCAAAUAUGUCUACCAUUGCAACUGUGGCACUCUUGGUUUUCCUGAUCAUCCAUGAAGGUAUCAGUGUUGGGGAUCAGGGAGGACCUCUGCGAUGUCACUGUAUCAAGAAGGAAAAAAGGAAGAUUGGCCGUUUCAUAGGAGAGGUGGAAGUGAGACCUGGAAGCUCACACUGCCCUGAAAUAGAGAUCAUUGCCACUCUUAAAAAGGAUGGAAAAAGGAUUUGUCUGGACCCUAAUGCUCCAUGGGUCAAAGAAGUGCUUGCAAAUAGACCAGCUGUGCAGACAACUUGAAGAACAAACCUUCCCAGAUUUGGCUGGGGGAACAGAUUUUUAGCACCACUGAUGAUGAAAUGGAAGUAUGGGUUACACUGACGGAGCACAAAGCUGGAUUCAUUAGAUGAUUGAUAUUUCAGAGAUGGUGUUUAGAUAAUCUGUACUCAAAUUUUCUGUUUCCUGAGCAAGACAGGAAGGCAUGGUGACACAUUAUAUUCUUACCAAUAUGUUAAACAUCAUAUGUCUUAUUACUUUAUAGGAUGUUUUUCCCUAUCAGAAAGGACAAUGAAUGCAUUUCAAAUGUGAAGCAGGGUGGAUGUACAAAAUUCUAAAACACUGUCGUGUAACUGUGCAUAUCCUGUUUUGUUCCUCUUUGGGUAAUACACUUUGAAACAAUGACAUGAACUGAACAUAAAUACAGGCUACAGGACAAAAUGAAAUUUAAUACAGAGUGUAAAAACUGUUCAGCGGUUUCCAGUCUUGUGUUUACUUUGCCUAUCAGCCUUGCUCCUGUUUUUUCAGUGUUAGAGAUUAGAGAUAUUUCAAGAAGUUGACCUCAUGUCCAUGUUUAUAACAAACAUACAUAUACAUUUUCACAUAAAAUAUUAACACAAUGAUUGUGAAUAAAUUGUGAUUUUACUAACAAAC